CUCACGGAGAGCGAAUGUCGUCAUGAGCGGAGUGUCCUGUGAUGUCCUUGAACAGCCUAUCCACUGAAAAUAGAUGCUGCAGGCAGCCUGAAUCUGACUCUGGUGUGUCUGUGUGUUUUCCAGAACAACAGGACAGUAUGGCCACCACUGUUGCUGUCAGUCCCAGUGAAUACCUUCAGCCCUCCACUGCUUCCACACAAGACGCCCAGCCCUCUCCUCUAGCCCUCUUGGCUGCCACCUGUAGUAAAAUCGGCCCUCCUGCUGCUCAGGCUCCUGUCACCUCUCCUCCAGCACAGCCGCAGCCUCGCAGGCUCCUCCCCAUAAAGCCGGCUCCAAUCGCCCCUGCUCCGCCCAAAAACCUGGGUUUCCUGUCAGCCAAGGGCAAUGUGAUCCAGCUGCCUGCCGGCCUGGGCUCCACGGCCCCUGGCAGCCCCAUUGUGCUCACUAUCCAGCAGAGCCCGGCUCGCACCAACACUUCGGCCCCCGCCAACAUCCAGUACCAGAUGGUGCCGCAGAUCCAGGGAGCCCAGACUAUCCAGGUGAUGCCACAGGGAGGUCAGAUCCAGCUCAUACCAGGCACCAACCAAGCCAUCAUCACCACUCCUAUGGCUGUACCAGCCCCUGCGGCCGCCACCACUCCAGUCACGCCGCAAAAAACCGUAGCCAUCAAGCCCUCUCCCAAGUUGCGCAAGCCAAACAACUCUGCUGCAAACAUGGUGCAGCUGCCCAGCGGGCUCACGCUGCCGCUCAAUGUGGCAACCGGAGAGGUGGGCGGGACUCAGUUCGUCACAGAGACGGCAGCUGCACCUCCCACUCCAGGGAAGGGUCGACGAGGGAGAAAGAAGAAAGUGGUUCUUGCUGCUCAGCCUCCGCCUCCUCCACCUGCACAGGCUGCCUCCCCACCCCCAGAGCAGAUGGAGACCAUCCUGAUAGAAGCUGGCGACAACAUCAUUCAGGCAGGUAACAACCUACUGAUCGUGCAGAGUCCCGGGCAGCCAGCCAUGGUGCAGCAGGUUCAGCUGGUCCAGUCCAAACCGGAGUCUCAGGUGGUUCAGAUCCCCCAGCAGGCCUUGAAGGUUGUGCAGGCCGCCUCCGCCACGUUACCGCCCGUCCCACAGAGACAGUCGGUGCCCUCAAGCCUGCAGGUCUCCCAAACAGAGCCGUCACCAACACAGAUCAUCUUCAAAACUGCAUCGGGUGAGUGGCAGUCCAUUCAGCUCCAGGACCCGGUCUCCCCGACAACGACCCCCACCACUUCGGUCGCCACCACCACCACCUCGCCGUCGGCCGGCACCAAGAGGACGCCGGCGGGGGGACGGAAGGAACGGACUCUGGCAAAAAUUGCUCCUGCGGGGGGAAUGAUACAGCUGAACACGUCGCAGCUCUCCUCAGCGACCCAGGCAGUGCAGACGAUCAGCAUCAAUGGGGUCCAAGUUCAGGGAGUUCCUGUCACCAUCACCAACGCAGGGGGCCAGCAGCACCUCACGGUGCAGGCGAUGCAGGGCGCUGGGCUCCAGCUGGCAGCAACGCCGAACCAGCCGGCCAUCCAGGUAGACCAGACUCUCACCCUGGAGCUGCCCGGGCAGCCAGGAGAAAAGAAGCGACGUAUGGCCUGCACCUGCCCCAACUGUAAAGACGCAGACAAGAGGCCUGGGGAGGUGGGGAAGAGGAAGCACAUCUGCCACGUCCCUGGCUGUGAGAAGACAUUCAGGAAAACAUCGCUGCUCAGAGCUCACGUCCGGCUGCACACCGGCGAGAGGCCGUUCGUCUGCAACUGGGUCUUCUGCGGGAAACGUUUCACACGCAGCGACGAGCUGCAGCGGCACGCCAGGACGCACACAGGAGACAAGCGCUUCGAGUGUAACCAGUGUCAGAAACGCUUCAUGAGGAGCGACCACCUGACAAAGCAUUACAAGACUCACAUAAACACCAAGAACCUGUGAGCUGCCUGUAUACUGAGUGUAUACGCAGACAAACUCUGAAACUGAAGACUGUAUCAGAGGAAGGAGGGGCAGAGGAGACGAUACCAAGGGAGUGUCUGUGACUUAUCCCGUUGUGGGAAAUACUCCAAAAAAAGUCCCUAUAUCCCCUCUCACUCCUCUAGGACACUGUGUAGCGUGGUGUACAAAGAAAUCCUUCCUGGUGGACUUCAAACUGAUCCAGCAAAUUUAUUAAUAAUAGAUUUUCUUUGUUUUUCUUCUCUGGUCUGAGCUGAGGCCAGAACCAGCUCCGACUGAACGCGUAAGAUGACAAGAUGGCAAGGCUCCAGACGCAGAUGCUUAAUUCUGCGUGCUUAUUUAUGAACUUCUCUUUGGCGACACAGAAUUAUUCAGAUGCCAACACCAACACCACAGGACUCCGGUCACAGUUUCCCUCUGUUUUAUUUUGUUUUUCUUCCCCCAAAUCCUGCCUGUUUUUUACUUGUUUGUUGUGGAACAUUGGGAGCUCACAGAAAUAAGCUUUCAAGCACCAAAAAGGAGAAAAUUCAACACCAUUGUUUUACAGAUUUAACAUGAAUUUAUUUUACCUCAGUGGAAUGGUAAUUUUGUUUUAAGCUACUUGUGUUUCAGCAGGAGUUUUUUGUUUAUUUAAAACCUUUAUACCCCCCAAAAAGUUGGGGACCAUUACAUAAAAACUCCCCUUACAAGGCUUUUGAAAACCUUUAGAAGUUUACAUUGGCAAUUUUUUUAAGUGUGUAUAUGCAUACUAAUAUACAUAAUAUUAAUAAUGAUAAUAAACUAUUUAUAACAUAUUUCCAUACAACUGUUAAAAUUUGAUUUACGAAGCAGAAAAACUUGAUAUUUAAAAAAAAAAAAAAAGAAAUGAGACUGGAAGCUUAAAGUUUUAUAGCCAAAA